GCGCUCAUUUUUCCACCUUCAAGGACCUUUGUCCCCGACCGACCUUAAUUACACUCCUUCACUUUGCGCAUCGAAUAAAAUUCCUCCGCGCGAUUAUUUCUUCGCACUCAUCAUCCACUUCUCAUUUCACAUAUUACGAAUCCGCUUAGAAUAAUCAACCAACAAUUUUGCCAAGAUGGCGAACCUUUACUUCCAACAUUCCGAUGCGCCUCUCAAGACCAUUCAGGAGAUAGUCUUCAGCAUUCAGUCUCCUAAGGAGAUCAAGGACCAAAGUGUCGUUCAAGUUAUUUUUCCUGAGACUAUGGAUGAGACUCGGACGAAGCCAAGAAAGCAGGGACUGAACGAUCCUCUUCUUGGCUCGCUAGACCGCCAGUACAAGUGUGCAACUUGUUUGGAGGGUAUGAAUGAGUGCGUUGGUCAUUGGGGACAUACAGAGCUGGCUGUGCCCGUCUUUCAUCCAGGAUACUUGAAGAAAGUCAAGAAGAUUCUGGAGACCGUCUGCCAUUCCUGCAGUAAAAUGCUAGACGACAGAAGCAAUCCUGAAUUCCAAGCCGCGGUGAACAUGCGGGAUCCCAAGAAGCGUUUCCAAGCUGUUUGGACCGUCUGUAAGAAGAAGAAGUGGUGCAGCAACGAAGUCCCAAAGGAAGAUGAGGACAAGGAGUAUGAGCCUGGUACUAAGCCUAAGGGGCAAGGCCACGGUGGAUGUGGCAAUAUUCAACCUGCGAUCCGCCAGACGGCUCUACAACUAUGGAGCACGGUUAAAACCGUUUCUGAAGAUGGCACCAAGGGAACCAACAAGGAGUUGAUGAGCCCAGCCAAAGUCUUGGCUAUUCUCAAGAGAAUAUCCAUCGAUGACAUGCUCGACAUGGGCUUAAACCCCGACUUCUCUCGACCCGAGCAUAUGAUCCUCACGGUCCUGCCUAUUCCGCCUCCUGCGGUUCGCCCUAGCAUUUCCAUGGACGGAACCGGUCAGGGUCUAAGAAACGAGGAUGACUUGACAUACAAGCUGAGUGAUAUCAUUCGUGCCAACAGCAAUGUGCGUGAAGCCAUUCGAACAGCUGCGCCUAAGCAUAUCCAAGAUGAAUUUGAGCAACUGCUCCAAUACCACGUUGCCACCAUGAUGGACAACGACAUUGCCGGCCAGCCUCAGGCGCUUCAGAAAAGCGGUCGUCCCGUCAAAUCCAUUCGAGCCCGUCUAAAGGGAAAAGAAGGAAGAUUGCGUGGUAAUUUGAUGGGAAAGCGUGUCGACUUUUCCGCUCGUACCGUUAUCACAGGUGAUGCCAACAUCUCUCUUGACGAGGUUGGUGUGCCUAGGACCAUAGCCAAGACUCUGACGUACCCGGAAACAGUCACUCCGUACAACAUUUCUCGUCUCCACCAACUCGUUCAGAAUGGACCUAACGAACACCCUGGUGCCAAGUAUGUUAUUCGACAGGACGGUACGAGAAUUGAUCUACGACAUCACAAGCGGGCUGGUCAAAUAAAUCUUGAGUACGGUCAGAAGGUCGAACGACAUCUUCAAGAUGGUGAUUACAUCAUUUUCAAUCGUCAACCGUCACUUCACAAGGAAUCCAUGAUGGGACAUAGAGUCAAGGUGAUGCCUUACUCCACCUUCCGACUGAAUCUUUCGGUCACUUCGCCGUACAAUGCCGAUUUUGACGGUGACGAGAUGAACCUUCACGUGCCUCAGACCGAGGAAACGCGAGCUGAAAUUCGUGAGCUCUGCAUGGUUCCGCUGAACAUUGUUUCCCCCCAACGUAACGGACCGUUGAUGGGUAUUGUCCAAGACACCUUGGCUGGCGUGUACAAGAUGUGCCGCCGUGACGUAUUCCUGACCAGAGAGCAGGUCUACAACAUUAUGCUGUGGGUUCCUGAUUGGGAUGGCGUUAUCCCCCUGCCUGCUAUCGUUAAACCCCGACCUCGUUGGACUGGAAAGCAGAUUGUGAGCAUGAUCAUCCCGAAGGAGAUCAGCCUCUACACCAAGGCAGGAUUGAAGCGGCCUGUCAAGUUCGAAAACAACCAAUGGAACCCUGCGGAAGACGAGGGCUUGCUUAUCCAGUCUGGACAAUUGCUCAUAGGCCUUCUUACAAAGAAGAACGUUGGUGCCGCUAGUGGUGGUAUCAUCCAUCUAUGUUACAAUGAGCUUGGCCCUGAUGGCGCAAUGGCCUUCCUGAAUGGAUGCCAGCGUGUUAUUAACUACUGGCUUCUCCACAAUGGCCACAGCAUUGGUAUUGGUGAUACCAUUCCAGACAAGGUUACCAUUGCUAAGGUUCAGCAUGAGAUUGACCAGCAGAAGGCCGAGGUGGCGGAGCUAACGCUCCAGGCAACGGCAAAUCAGUUGGAAGCUUUGCCAGGUAUGAACGUCCGAGAAACCUUCGAGAGUAAGGUUUCCAAGGCUCUGAACUCCGCACGAGACAAGGCUGGAACAGUCACAGAAAACAGUCUUAAGGAUAUCAACAAUGCAGUCGUCAUGGCUCGCUCUGGUUCAAAGGGUUCAUCCAUCAACAUCUCGCAGAUGACCGCUCUUGUCGGCCAACAAAUUGUUGAAGGCAAACGUAUUCCUUUUGGUUUCAAGUAUCGAACACUCCCUCAUUUCACCAAGGACGAUUACUCGCCGGAGGCCCGUGGGUUUGUCGAGAACUCUUACCUACGUGGUCUCACACCUUCAGAGUUCUUCUUCCACGCCAUGGCUGGUCGUGAAGGUCUCAUUGAUACAGCCGUAAAGACGGCCGAGACUGGUUAUAUUCAACGUCGUCUAGUCAAGGCCCUUGAAGACGUCUGUGCGAGGUACGACGGAACGGUUCGUAACUCGCUUGGCGAUAUCAUUCAGUUCGUCUACGGUGAGGAUGGACUGGACGCUAUGUAUAUCGAGAAACAGCCGAUGGAUCAUUGGGUCUUGAAGGAGUCUGACUUCGAGGAUCGUUACCGCCUAGACGUGAUGGAAGGUGUCCGCACACCCGUACUGGACGCACUGGAAUAUGGCCAAGACCUUGUUGGCGAUAUGCAUGUGCAAGAGCUUCUCGACAUGGAAUGGGAAGCCCUUUGCCGAGAUCGUGAGUUCCUUCGGGAAUUGAAGAAGAACUCUGAGAAGCUUGAGGACAUGUUCCAACUUCCUCUCAACAUUGGUCGGUUGAUUGAAUCUUCCAAGAAGCUUCUCAAGGUUGAUGACACCAAACGAAGCGACCUCUCUCCUCAGGACGUCAUUCCUACUGUAAGGGGUCUAUUGGACCGAUUGAUCAUGGUUCGCGGUACCGACGAUGUCUCAGUAGAGGCUAACGAUAAUGCAACGAAGCUUUUCAAGGCCCUGCUACGUUCGCGUUUGGCUUUCAAGCGCCUUGCGGUCCAGCACAGGCUAAGCAAAUUGGCCUUCCGACAUAUCAUGGGUGAACUAGAGACUCGCUGGUCUAAGUCAAUGGUAAGCCCUGGCGAAAUGGUUGGUGUGUUAGCUGCGCAGUCGAUUGGAGAGCCUGCAACGCAGAUGACCCUUAACACAUUCCAUUUCACUGGUAUCUCAUCUAAGAACGUCACCCUUGGUGUUCCCCGUCUCAAGGAAAUUCUCAACGUUGCCAGCAACAUCAAGACGCCUUCGAUGAUGGUGUACUUGGAUGGUUCUACCUCUCAGGAACACGCGAAGACACUUCGUAGUGUAGUCGAACACACUAACCUACGCUCCGUUACGGCGAUGACCGAGAUUUACUACGAUCCCGAGAUUGAUUCGACCCAGAUUCCGGAGGAUGAGGACUUCGUAACGUCAUACUUCCUGUUGCCCGAUGAUAGUAUGCCGGACCAGGAUAGACAAUCGCGAUGGCUGCUUCGAUUUGUUCUGGACCGGCAAAAAAUGCUGGAUAAGGGUCUCACGGUUGAAGACGUUGCUAUUCGUCUUCGAGAAGAGUAUCCCAGUGAUCUGGCCGUCAUUUGCAGUGACAACAACGCGGAUCAACAAGUGAUUCGUAUUCGCCCAAUGCCAGAAGAUAAGGACGAUGCUGAGAAAACCAUCGAGGACGACGUUAUGCUCAAGCGGUUAGGCGAACAUCUUCUGGAAAACCUUACUCUGCGAGGAAUCAGAGGUAUUGAGCGAGCUUUCCUGAACAAGGGAACCCGAAUCGCCAUCGACAAGCAUGGCGCUAUGAUCCAGGCCAAGGAUACUCCGUUAUGCGAGGAAUGGUACCUUGAUACCCAGGGUACAGCUCUACGAGAAGUUCUUGCAAUUCCUGGAGUAGAUGCCAGACGCACGAUUACGAAUGACCUGUGGCAGACUGUUGAUGUCUUCGGAAUUGAAGCCGCACGACUUGCGCUUCUGAACGAGUUGAGACGAGUAUUGGCUUUUGACGGUUCGUACGUCAAUGAACGUCAUCUUACUCUCCUAGUAGAUGUCAUGACAUACCGAGGCAGCAUUGCUGCAGUUACGCGUCAUGGUAUUAACAGAGCUGACACCGGUGCCCUGAUGAGGUGUUCUUUCGAAGAAACGGUUGAAAUCCUCCUAGAAGCUGCUGCCAUGGGCGAGCUCGAUGACUGCAGGGGUAUAUCCGAGAACGUCAUGCUAGGUCAACUUGCCCCAAUGGGUACUGGUCACUUAGACGUGUUCCUCGAUCCUAAGAUGCUCGAGACCGUCAUCUCAGAUAACUCUAGGAUGGGCCUGAUGCCUGGCAUGACUGUUAAGGGAAGUCAGCUAGAAGGUGCGGCCACUCCAUACGAUACUGGAUCUCCAAUGGCAGACUCCGGUUAUGGUAUUUCCCUCGCGUCACCGUCGAUGGGGGCUGGUAAUUUCUCGCCGAUUGUUGGAGCCGGCUCCGACUCGCCUUCUGGCUUCGGCACAGAGUAUGGAGGAUUCGGUAGUGCGAGCCCAUACGGCGGACGAAGCCCUGGUGCUACCAGUCCAUUCUCUGGCGGCGCGUCACCUUCGUCGCCUUUUAGCAGCUAUGGUGGUGGGGGUUACUCACCAACUUCUCCUGGUGGCAGCUAUUCGCCCACGUCACCGAUGAUGGGAACUCGAUACGACAGUUCGCCGCGCUUCAGCCCGACUUCGCCAUCUUUCUCCCCGAGUUCACCUCAGUUCAGAGGUGCAGGCGCAACCAGCCCCUCGUACAGUCCCACGUCACCGACUUAUUCGCCCACGUCACCUUCGUCUCCAAGACAUUACUCCCCAACAUCUCCUAGCAUGAACUCUCCCACGUCGCCCAACUAUUCUCCCACAAGUCCUACCUAUAGUCCGACAUCGCCCAAUAACCAUCAGGGAGUCACAUCGCCUAUCUUCUCGCCCUCUUCUCCUAAUUACUCCCCAACUUCUCCUAUGAGCUACUCGCCUACGAGUCCACACUUCCACGGAAGGGCACAGCAGUCGCCAACGAGUCCUUUGUACUCGCCUACGUCUCCCACGUAUUCUCCGAAGGAUCCUGGCGCUGGCAGUAGUACUAGCCCGAAGUUGUACGUAUUAACAUUCAGUAUAUGAAUUAAUGAAGGAAAACUAACCGAGUACUCUAGUUCUCCUACCUCCCCCAAGAACGAUUAGUUCUGUCUUGCAUACUAUACAUCUGGCGUCAUGCGUAUUCUUCACAUCCGCAUUUAGGAGUUCUCGUUUACCUCUUUUUCUAACUUCCCGUUUUUACUUGACCUCUACAAGAGGCAUAAUGCAUUAUCA